AUGAUAAAACAAGCCGCCUAUCAAAAUUACCUGACUCAUUUCACCGCAACGUUAGAUAUUGACUGGGGCAACUUGAAGAAUGUCAGGGAGGAUAUCCUCCUCUGCAGUCUCCUCGCGCUUCAGAAUACUGCCAACAGUAAUGCCACCAGGGCUGCUCACUCCCACAUUCUGCUCGGGAGCUGGGUCACGUUUAACGGCGAUGAUAUCACCGACAUUCACGAUUUCCUCAUCUUUAGGCGCUGGUGCUGCAAUAAUAGUAGCGACCAGAGAGAUGACAAGAGCAAAGAUUGA